AUGGCCCCAAUCACACCCUUCAAAAUCGACAUCCUCGACUCUCGUCUCCAACACCUCCGCCAGAAACUUGCACUAACCGACCUUCCAACCGAGCUCGAGGACCUAGAUCCGCACAAUGAGCAAUGGUCCCGUGGUACUCCCCUGUCUGAAAUAACGCGGCUGGCAGCAUACUGGAAAGGCCACUUUGACUGGCGCAAAGUCGAGGCGCGGCUGAAUGCUGAAUUACCCCAGUUUACCGCGGACAUCGAGAUUGACGGCUUCGGGAGCUACAAUGUCCAUUUCGUGCACAAGCGGAGCAGUGUGUCUACUGGUCAAGGGGAGCAGGUAAUUCCCGUGCUUUUUCUACACGGCUGGCCUGGUAGCUUUCUGGAAGUCAGCAAGAUCCUGCCUCUGCUCGUUAACGGCGCAGAGGGCGAGCCGUCGUUCCAUGUUGUUGCGCCGAGCUUGAUUGAUUUUGGGUUCUCAGGUGGGAGUAGGAGUAAAGCCUUCGGCAUGCAACAGCACGCAGAAGCAUAUCAUAAACUGAUGCUCGCCUUGGGAUACGAGGAAUACGUAAUCCAAGCCGGCGACCUCGGCUACGUGAUAUCCCGCCUCAUGACCUCAAAAUACGGCGCGACACAUAUCAAAGCCCUGCACACAAACUCCGCCAUCCCCGCCGAACCAAUCGUCGGAUCCCACCCGGCGCUACACACCGAACUCCAGAACGAAACCCUGACUGAUUUCGACAAAGCCGGCCUCGCACGCACAGCUUCAUUCUCCAAGGACGGAAUGGCAUACGUCGCCCUCCUCGCGACACGCCCGCAAACACUCGGCUACAGCCUCACCGACUCCCCCGUCGGACUACUAGCCUGGAUCUACGAGAAACUGCACGACUGGACGGAUGGGUAUCCCUGGACAGACGACGAGAUUCUCACGUGGGUGUGCCUCCACUACUUCUCGAAACCCGGACCCGCCGCCCCGGGAAAUCUGUAUUUCGCACUGGACCGCGAUAGUCCCGUGCCGGGGAAUCCGUUUGCGGUCGUGCAGGGGUAUAUUCCCGAUGUGCCACUGGGGAUCUCGAGGUUUGCGCGAGAUUUGGUUCUUUUGCCGAAGGCGUGGAAUCGGACGAUUGGGCCUGUUGUUUUGCAGAGGGAGUAUGAGCGCGGUGGGCAUUUUGGGGCGUGGGAGCGUCCAGCGGAGAUUGUGGGGGAUUUGAGGGCGUUGGUGAGGGAAGCCAGGAUUGGUUAG